AUGUUGGGUCGUCUGCUGAAUACCGCUGCCGCAACGCUCAACCCCACGUCAUAUGCCAACCGCAACUCGAACCAACUUGAAUCAGUGACAGAAGAGGAACACACCUCUGGCCUUCUCUUCCCAGACGUGAGCCUUCUUCACCGGUCGAGGACACAUGCAUAUCCGCUGCAGACCAGCUCUGUCUCACCUAGCCCAUCCUCAGCUGGGAGCUUCGAUGAUAGAGGCGGUUUGGAACUCGAUGCCACAAAGGAUUUAAGAGUUAUCAUUGCACAAAACGCCAUCGGAGACCGUGAUGACCCGUGUAUUCUUCUCGAUACUCAGAGCCCGCUGAAGGUUGAGAAACCUGCCUGGCCCUCUCUAGAUCGUCCCUCUUCGGAAAAGCCGCGAUCACGACACACUCGUACCUCAACUCUCCCCCGAAACGGUGGACGGACUUCUUACCAUGCACCGCGUGCCUCGGUGUCUGAUCUACCUCCCCUAUCAUCCUUUUCCAACCAUGAUGCUGCAAAUAGUGCCUUUUUCCGUGCACGAAAUCGAAGAUCCACAUUCUCGAACACUACUGGAGAUGACGAUCAGCAACAUGGUCGGCUUUCUGGGGAAUCUAACGAACUUGGCUUGCUGAAUUGCAUUUUUGGGAGCAGCGCGUUUAGCUAUCGUGGCCCUUCGACCAAAAUGCACAUCGUUCCAGCAGACGACAAUAAACCAUCUGAUGAUUCUAGCUUUGGUGUUUCCGACCCUUACCGGCGAACUCUUCGUCGAGCGGAUACAUUUAGCGGUUCCCCAAGGAGUAUCAGUCAGACUCGUGAACGAUUGAGCUGCGAUGGUGCUAGAUCGUCCUCAUCUUCAUCCUCGAGUGUAACUGUAUUGGUGACCAGGAUGUUCAGUGUCAACCUGCCUGAAUCAUAUGGCGUUCCAGUUGCCACUCCAAUGCAGGCCAAUUCAGCAACUCCCUCGUCACCUUACGACCCGGAAUUCAAGUUCUCACCACGUGCCAAGGCUAAAAAAAUCAAAGAAAAGAAGACUCCAAUGUAUGCGGUGGCGAUUACAGUCCGACUCCCGAUAACUGCAAAAUCUAGUGCUCGCCAGCCGCGAAAUCCUUACCAGCAAGAUCCGGCUAAACCCUGUGCUGGAAUGUCAGUUUCUCUGGACUCUCAUCCAAAAUGGUCUCUUUUUGACGAAGCGUCCUAUUCGACUACUGGGUCAAGUAUAGAUGAUAGAAUAGACUUACUUGUUGACUAUUGGGAUGUCAUUGCACGAACAUUAUCACGCCUCGAGAAACUUGCAAGCAAUGAGAUUCUUGAGCUGCUAAAGCAAACGGUCCAGCAUGCCACGCAAACACCAAAGCCCGCGAAGGGUCCAAAUAUGCAAAGAACUAACCAGACAAUUGUACAACUCCUACCAAAUUGCCUGGCACAAAACAAGCUACUCCAAGAAGAGGCGCAUCAUGCUACUUUCAGGAUUUGCAUGGCUCUUAGAAUUCCUCCCGUUGUUUCGGGCCAGAGCCGCUGGGGUGUCUGGAGAGAGGAAGCCCGAUGGAUUGCAAGGAGUUUAAGUGAGAAGGAACACAACUUUUUCUUCUUGGUCCUCAUUACCGCAUUUCUAGGUAAUCAUACCGAAUGGCUUAGUCUCCUCGGACCUGAUUGGUAUCGACGUCGUCAUUUUCUGCAACAACGGGCUCAACAGGACAGUGAAUUAAGCAUAUGCAACAGAACAGUAAUCAUUUCAUCUGAUAAAAUGGCUGCAAGGCGCCUAAUAUUUGUGCUUUCUGCUUUUCUACCAGCUCAGCAACGUACAGACCCGCUGGCUUCCCCUCUACGUCCAAGCACGUCUACAUCUUUCCGCCAAACGUCUCAAAGCCCCCCAAACCCAACUAUGUUUCGACAAGAAUCGCUGCGUCGAACCAUAAAUCGUCGAGCUCGAACACGUCAGUUUCCUCAUGAACGUGGUGCAGCCAAACGAUCUGCUAGCGUCUCUUCCAACGAGACCUCAAAUAUAGCCCCCGAUGAAUUGGAAUUUAGCAGGUCUCCUAAUACCCAAGGACGACGUGGCUCCGAUGCCAGGUCUAUGAGAACUUCGAGUUUAUCCAUCCCACCUGGGGGCGUUGCUGGACCAAUGAAAAGCGGCACAGCAUCCGCAGCAACAGCAGCGCCAGGCACGGCAACCCCAGUUCCACACUUUGCUUCUCAACCGAGAAAGCCGCAUAGUGCUCAUCAUGAAUCCCAAGAUCACACAGGGUCUGCCUCUGCAAACUUGUUACUCAACUUGCGAAAGAGCGAGACAUUAGCCAAUGUUAGCCAGCAGCAAAGUAAAUGGGGGAAUCUUCUCUCUGGGUUUUGGAACUCGCGAGAAGAUACUCCAUCAAACAGUGAUGCAUCUAGACCUCGUAGAACAUCAACACAAGUGUUGGAAUCGAAGUCACAAUCAUCUGCAGUGUCGACUGCAAUAAGAGAGAAUAGAAGUGCGAUUCUAGACAAUGCACCCACAACGUCGAAUGAUAUGAUAUCCAUACCCACUUCUGUGUCUGCGCAAACAGAUAGCGUUACGAUUAAGGAAGAUGCUACACUAGACAGUCGGCAGCCCACAUCACCCGUUAAACUAUGUGUUAAGGCGAAUGAAGGUAUUGUUGAUGUUGAAGUGCCGUUACCUGGAUUCAUGUCUCUCUCAUCUUCAAACGACUCCACAUUAACUUCACCGAAAAAGACCCGAACAUCAAUCACAAGCAUUGAUUGUGACGGAUCUUUCCACAGCAAUAGCCCGUGGUCUCAUAAUAAUUAUAAAGACUGGGAUGGCCCAAGCGUCAAUGUUGCUGGUUGGCUCAAGUGCUAUCACGAAGAUUUUGCACUUCAAGCCGUGCACCCAUACCCCAAUCUUGAAUCUGCCAUUAAACGUUCCAUGUCUGCCGAACCUACCCCAAAUCUUGCAAACUUCGGGCAAACAUCAUAUUUUGAUGGCGGCUCUGAGCGAUGGGUUGAUGUCUGUUCUACACUCAUAGCCGAUACGAGGACAUUCACUGUCAAACGAAUCCGUUUGCGCCGUAAAAUUGCCACUAUCGAUGACCGGGCUGUAGAUUAUUCGCAAACGCCGUCCCCUCAGUUUCCAUAUCAACCGUUUGGCAAAAUGGACAGCAUAGAUGCUACUCCAACUCCCACUUUGCGAAGAUCCCAGCCAUGCACUGUGGAGGAAGAAUUUAUCGAGGAGCCGGUUAUGGACCUAGACGCUACACUUGUUGAUGCCGUUGAACGAGUCCUGGCCUGCUCUGGACCUACAUCUGCUAUCCACUCUCGUGCUCCGUCGCCAAGCCGUAUGCGCAAGGGCCGUAUUAACGUACUGCAUGCGGAAGAUAACAAAAGAUACAACGAUACCAAUAAUCGAACAGAUGUUCCUUCUGUGGAAAUCCCACGAAAUGAGUGUCGCCGUAUGGUUCUUGGAGCUCUUGAUGAGGUUGUACGUAGUGUUGCUGCCGAACACCGCCAGGAAGAAUCCAAUAUUGGUGUGUCAGAUACACCCGCAGGGCUCCCAAAAUACAGCCACAAGAAAUACGGCGGUAUCACCGAUAAUACUUUAAGAGAAGGUAUACGCAAGUGGCUUCAAGACAUUGAUGAAUCUUGCUAA